UUACAGUCUGAUGCAAGUGGAGACGAGAUCAGCCGCAAAGAAGCGCGUUCAGAGAAACGAUUACAUGCACUUCAACAGACUUGGCUGGCAAACAUAUAAGCGAGCCGUUCUACGUAUGACAGCUACAUGCAAUGUUUCAUUAUAGUGGAUGUGACACUGUUGGAUGUGCGUUAGCUGCGGUGCAGAAGGAAGUGAUGCGAGACAUUAACCUCAAGAGGACGUGCUAUUCUGCAUUGCUGCUCUUGGGGUGAAUUUAUGUAACAUCUUAUUCACACAGGCUGGAUCGCUGAGUUAGUAUUUGAAUGCGCUUGCGAGGUGCGUGAGGGUCUCCUGUGCAUGUGUGUGUGUGUGUGAAGGCUUAUCAGCUCACAGCAGCUUCUGUCAGGGCUUCUUGGCGAAGCGACUAUCAGAACGAACACACCACUGUCACCAUAGGAAACUCACCCCUGUCUUUUCCCUUAGUCUGCUGUCAUCGUGAGGGAUUGUUCUGAGCCACAUUCACCAUAUUCAAAUGGACUCUCCAGGUGGAAAAGAUGUUGAAGCAAACCCAACAGGAAGUGAGACGAUGGAACUUCCUGUGCUGACUCAACCAGGCCUCGGGGAGACCACGACGACAGUGACCACUAUCACUCAAACAGGGGGAGACUGGAGCUCAGGACUGUUUGACGUGUGUGGCGACGCCAGCACAUGUCUGAUGGGUGCGUUUGUGCCAUGUUGUUUGGACCUGAGCCUGGCUCAUCAGUAUGGAGAAUGUGUGUGUUUGCCUCUUCUGCCUGGCUCCACGUUCGCCAUGAGAGUGGGCAUUAGAGAGCGGUUUAAAAUCAGGGGCAGCGUGUGUGAGGACUGGACUACGGUUUAUUGCUGCUACCCUCUGGCCCUCUGUCAAAUGAUCAGAGAGAUGAAGAAGAGGCUGAAGACACAGAUCUACACCGUUUCUACCCUGCUGGAGAGCUCCUGAGACACUGUGCGUGUGUGUACAUGGCCCCGAUUUUCUUCUCAUCCGUGAUUUUGGCGAUGCUAAAAGACUGAGGGGCCGUCUCAGCUGUCAGGAUGUUUAUUACCCGGGGUCCUGAACUUCACGCAGGGUUACACAUAUCAGUAGUCUCUGCUUGAAGAUUGAUGUUGCUGACAUUUCCAACUGACGGAGAGAUGGAGUGACAGAUGGGUGGAGAGACGGAUGAGUGGAGAAAAGGUUCCUGAUGUUUUCUGGCACUGUCUAUGCUUUGAUUUCAGAUUGCUCUCUCACGGUACAUAAAGAACAUAUGCAGGUUUUGAUAUAUGAAUUCACUUUUGGCACUAUUUUUAAUCGUAUUUCAAAUUCAGAGUCAAAACUGAUUUGACAUCUAAUCACUUGUUUUAUUCAAAAUAAAGUGUGUUUAAAAAAACUGCCAAA